GUUGCGAUCACUCACCAACCGAUCACGGCAAUCAAAGAAAGUCAUAUCAGUGCAGUUCCCUGUUCCCUGUUGACACUGCACAAUUCCACAGUCCUGUUACCUUCGAUGCAGCGGCUUGUCAAUGAGUUUGUUCAUCUCUUCUCGCGACGUGCAUUUGUGCACUGGUUUGUGGCUGAGGGUAUGGAUGAGGACGAGUUCGGACAGGCACUGAAUCUGAUCACCGAUCUGCGAGAUUUGUAUAACCAGGUAACCAAAUUACCACCAGCAUCUUCUGACUACUUUCCUUCUGUGUGUAAACCUAUCGGCUGUGUCAAAAAGUUUAAUUGUGUAGCUCUACGCUCGACUAUAAUGACUCAGUACUAUAUGUCUAAUCCUGGCACUACUGAUCCAUUUGUCUGUCAGAUUGCAGACAACGGUGUAUAG